AUGAAAAACAAAAAUAUAUUAUUUAAGAUGAUUUUGUUUAAAACCAAAUAGGUUGCAUUUUGUAAAUGCUGCCAAAAAGAUUUUGAUUAUGAAGGAGAUUAGAAUAACUUUAUUUAAGAUCAUUCAAUAUCUCUCACUCAUGUCUAGAUUUUAACUAAACAUUAUUUGAAAAGUAAGUUUGAUGAAUUAACAGAAAAAUCAAGGAAAGGAAUGGAGUAUUUUGAAUUAGAGAGAGCUUUAAGUUUACAAUAGCAAUCUAAAUCAUGUAUAAUUUAUACACUACAUAUAUUAGAAUUCAAUCUUUAUUUAUCUUAGAUGGUUGAUUAAUUAUUAAGUACUUUUAGCAAUCUUGCGUUGAACACAAUUGAUUGUUAUAAAAGUAGGCUUUUAUCUUUAUUUCAGUUUUUAGUCAAAGAAGGAUUUAAUAAUCUAAAUACAUGAC